AUGCUAGAAUCACUAGCGGCAGGGUUACUGAAUCGGUUUUUGGGAGCGUACGUAGAAAACUUCGAUAGCAAGCAACUCAAUGUUGGAAUUUGGAGCGGAGACGUCAAACUGAAGAACCUGCAACUGAAAAAGGAGUCUCUUGAUGCAUUGGAUCUUCCUAUCGAUGUGCAAUUUGGCUUUUUGGGCGACCUAACGCUACAGGUUCCGUGGUCAAGCUUAAAAAACAAACCUGUGAAAGUUCUUAUUGAAGACGUGUAUCUGCUUUGUGGACCCCGUAAUCAAUCUGCAGAGAGCGCUGCCGAGGACGGAGAGCGUGAACUGCGCCUCAAAUUACAAAAACUGGAGGAGUUCGAGGCUAUCAGCAAGGCACAACCCCAGGACGAUAAUGCAACAGACUCAAACGAGUCAUUCACACAAUCGCUGGUCACUAAGAUAGUCGACAAUUUACAAGUAUCAAUCAAGAACAUCCAUGUGCGGUACGAAGAUAUGGAAAAUAUAUUUGCAGAGGUUCCUUAUUCUGUCGGUGUAACGUUGAGCGAAUUGUCGGUUGUUUCUACAGAUGAGAACUGGGAGCCCAGUUUUAUAUCCAUCACGAGUUCCAUUGCUCGUAAACUUCUGACUUUGAACUCCCUGGCUGUUUAUUGGAAUGCGGAGACGAAAAGUGUUUACCAUCCUGAUCAUGACGAGCUUUUCAGACGCUUGAGAAACCUAAUCAGCAACAAAAAUACCCAUCCUGACCAUCAAUUUUUGUUGAAACCUGUCACUGGUGCCGGAAGACUCGUUUUGAAUAAGUUGGGUGCUACGGACGAAAGCCCUCAUAUUGAUGUCGGCUUGAUUUUCGAUGAGUUUGGAAUAGACAUCAACAACUGCCAAUACGAAGAUAUAUUAAACACUUUAUCCAAACUGCAUUGGUACGAGAAAACAUUGAAGUUUAGAAGGAGGAGACCGAGCUUCUCGGUCAGUGAAAAUCCAAGAGCAUGGAUGAAGUAUGCUGCCGAGGCCGUGCUCCAGGAGGUUCACGAAAAGAAUUACAAAUGGAGUUGGGAUUACAUUAAAUGGAGAAAGGGCAAAAAAAUGGAAUACAUUGAUUUGUGGCAAACAAAACUUACGGCAGAUGCUAAAUCCCAGCAGCUAUCUGCAAGCGACGAGGAAAAGCUCAAGGAUUUACACAAAUGCUUGAGCUUCGAAGAUAUAAAAUCUUUCAGGAUCAUGGCGCGUAAGUCAUACGCUACAAAGAGGUUGGAGAGUGAGAAUAAUGGCGAAGAUAUGGGUAAGGAUACCACAAGUAGCUCUUCCGGGUGGUUCUCGUCCUGGUGGAGUGGUGGGUCUUCAAACAAUACCGGCUCCGACGAAUUUUUAAUGUCCACGGAGCAGAGACAAGAACUCUAUGACGCCAUUGAAUAUGAUGAAAAUGAAAAAACACCAGAUAUUUUGGAAUUGCCACGCGAAAGAAUUGUAACAAAAGUUUCAUGCGCAUUGCAUCGAGGCUCGCUUUCUAUCAUAGAUAAAACCAAAGGCCUGAAAAUUGGUGAGGUCAUUUUUGAAAACUCACAAACUGAAUUUUUUCAACGCCCGGAGUCUUUUCUAGCCUCCUUCAAGUUGCACGAGCUUAAGGUCGAAGAUGGCUCUCCCAAUACUUUAUACAAGCAUAUCGUCAGCGUGAAAAACCUGCAACUGGAUGAAAAUGGCCAAUCUCCUCAGUUGGAAGAACCCUUUUUUCAUGUGGUUGUCGAAAAUAAUCCAUUGGAUGAUUCUGCUGACAAUAAGGUGGAUAUCAAACUACGCAGUAUGACAGUAUUCUACCAUGUUCAUUUCAUCAACGAAAUUAUAAGACAAUUUCGCCCUCCUCAGCAACAUCUGGACACUAUCGGAGCCAUAAUGAGCGCUGCGGAAGCUACAGUAGGAGGCUGGUCAGUUCAGAGCAGAAUGGGGCUGGAAUCUAUUCUCGAAGAUCACAAAACUGUCAACUUAAGUCUAGAUCUGCAAGCUCCUUUGGUCAUCAUUCCAUUAGAUCCUCAUAAAUGGGAAACGCCAUGUGCCGUUAUUGAUGCUGGUCACAUAUCUAUUACAAGUGAUCUUGUACCAAGGGAGACACUGAGGAAAUAUAAGAACUUGAGCGCUAGUGAGUAUGAGAAGCUUGACUCGAAAGAUAUAAAGAGACUGAUGUUCGACAGGUUCAAGCUUCGCUUAACAGACACUCAAUUUCUGGUUGGCCCUGAUAUACGAACGACGAUAUCCGACCUUAAGGUGAGCGAAAGAGAGAGUCCACUUACUAUUUUAAACAACCUUGAAGUCGGACUGGACAUUGAUGUCUCAAUUCUCCCGAAGGCUUUAAACUUGCCGAAAGUUAAGGUAUAUGGUAAGCUGCCUCUUCUCAAAAUAUCUCUCAAUGAUUUUCAAUACAAGAUUAUCAUGCAAUUGAUCGACAACUGCAUUCCAGACUUUCAGGAUGUAGCGGGUAGUUGGGAAGGAGAAUCGUCAGAGGGGAUCAGGGAUGAGGAAAGCAACCAAAUGUUCUCGACUAAGGAGGCUAAUCUUCUCAAACAGACUUUACAAAGCUUAAGCGGAAUGUCAGCUGCGGAACUCAAACAGCGUCUUCUGCAUUUAAGAUUUGAUGUGGAGGCUAUUCGGCUUUCAAUGUUCAAGUGCGUCGACGCGAAAUCAUUAAAGUCUGAUUUACUGGUCAACCUAAUCGGAAAUAAUUUACACCUAGAUUUUUCCAAGAGAGUGCAGGAUAUGGUGGUUGGAAUCGAUUUGCACUCCUUCAAGAUCGAAGACUGCAUUGACGACCGUAUUUCAGAUGACUUCAAAAAUAUGAUAUCAUCCUCUGAGCAGUCCUCUCAAGAAUCGCCGCUGUUCAAGCUCAAAUUGAAACGAACGCAGAGAAUUGUCACAUAUAAUGAUACCUUGAUUGAGGUUUUUGAUCAGGAUAUCGACAUGACUAUGACUGAGCUAACUGUUGUUUUGUCGCCAAAAUCGAUCCUGACACUUCUUAAUUACACGCUUACGACCUUUACUGAUCCCAAUGCCCCUGAGAUGCCAAUGGAUGCCUUGAAGCACAACUCUCCGGAUGUAGAGGAUUCCCCACAAAGAAUUAACAUGAAUUUGAACAUGGGCAAUGUCAUCAUUCUCCUCAACGAUGAGACGGAAAAGAUUGCAACCAUGACAUUAAGUGCAGCAGAAGUUGAACUUUUUAUACUUCCCGAGAAGAUGAGACUAAAUGCAAAAUUGGGCGCCAUGGAACUGACCAAUGACAUUCACGAUGAGCUAGCCCCCACGUCCCCACUAAGAAAAGUGAUAAGUAUGAGCGGGAAUGAGCUUGCCGAAUUAUCGUACGAGACUUUUGAUGGUCACAAUGAGGAUUUCGAAUACUCUUCAGCUGUCGCUUUUAAGACGGGCUCGAUGAACAUCAACUUCGUUGACGAGGCAGUCAAUCGAAUCAUCAACUUUUUGGCUAAAUUUCAAAAAAUGAAGGUGCUCUUCGACAGAGCCCGCGAGGCUGCAUAUGAUCGAGCCCCCAGCAUCGAUACCGUCAAUAACACAAAACUCGACAUUUUGAUAAAGGCCCCCGUUGUAGCUUUUCCAAAGCUUAUCGACCCUAAAAAAGGCUUGUAUGAUAACCUGUCUUUUUACUUAGGUGAGCUGUCUGUAUCCAACUCCUUUGUGAAGAAGGAGAGCGAAAUUGUGAACCAAAUCAAUACUGGCAUAAGAUCAGGAAGUCUCACCACACAGUUUCAUUUGGAGGGCGGCAAAAUUCAGCAGCUGAACAUUAUUGAUGGUCUUGAUCUGCGUUUCGACAUUGAUCAUCAUCAAUACACUGAAGGGUCUACAUCAAGGUUGAUAGUUAAGGGAUUCUUCGAACCUCUGCUUGCGAAUAUCACGGAGCUACAAUUGCAGUACCUGUAUGUGCUUUCUCAGAACCUACCAAAUGCAUUCAUAAUCGACCAACAUGAGCAAAAUAUGGAUGAGGUUCAAGAUAUUGCAUUUUUUGCUAAUACUGUCGUGCCUACAGGCAGUGGGCUGGAGAAUUCGUCGCUUGCUCUCGACAGUGCUUCAUUCGAAAAGUCCAGUUCAGUCCAGGACACCGACAUUUGCCUUGAAUUUUCUGCUCCGGAAUUGUCUUUAACCCUUUACAAUGACACUAAACUCAGUGAUGACAUCAAGGACCAAGCUUUGACAAAGAUAAGCUUCAAUGAGAUUGGGCUGUAUUUUCUGACAAACAAAGAAGCGGGUAUGAAGAUUGAAACACACAUCUCAUCUUUCACCAUAGAUGACAUCAGACGCACGAAGUACAAUCAGUACAAUGAGAUCAUACCAAAAGUUUUGAACGAAAAUUAUCAGUUCAUGGCAUCAUUCAAAAAAGAAAAUCAUGAGUCAUCGGACGUUGGCCAUAUUAGUAUUACUGUGGAUAGCCCGAGAAUAAUUUUGGCCUUAGACUUUUUAUUUUCCCUGAAGUCUUUUGUCGAUGCUUCUAUCAAUGUUAAGGCACCUGCUAAAGUCUUUUCAACAAUCGAUGAUCAACCACCAAGCACUGAAGACCAGCCUGCUGCAUUUAAGAGUCCAUUGUGUUAUUCCGUUAACAUUGUUGAUAGUUCCAUCAUUCUUUUGUCCGAUCCUUCUGACUUGAACACUGAGGCUAUCGUCUUCAAUGUCGGCCAAUUGCUCCUCUCUGAACAGAAUGUCACAUCUGCGAAUGCCAACAAUGUUGGAAUGUUCCUCUGCAAAAUGCAGUCCUUUGAUCAGAACCGCAUACGUCUUUUGGACGACUUUUCUGCAUCUGCUGUGAUUGAUCGUAGAGGUUCGACCUCUGAAAAGUUUUUGACUUCAAUUCAAAUAUCCGUGGAGCCGCUAACAAUGAGACUUGCCUUACGAGAUGUAAGACUUGCCAUGUCAAUCUUCAAUAGAGCAAUGGCACUCGCUAAAGAGCAUGGUUUUACAAGCGAUUCAGUAGAUGAAGGGGAAGAAGCUGUGAAUGGCGCAUUUUCUAAAGAGUUUAGGAAGACACUCUCAAGAUACGCUCCGAGCUUGAUAUCAUCAAUCAGUCAUUCAUCAAUUCAGAAAAUCGAAGAUAAAAAAGAUGUUACAAUUGUUAAAAAGGAGAAGCUUGACGCUGACUUCCAGGGGUUACGACUUGUUUUGAUUGGUGACGUUCACGAGCUUCCAAUCAUUGAUAUGAACAUCAAGCCAUUUAGUGUGACAGCUAAAGAUUGGUCUAAUGAUAUAGAACUCAUCUCUUCCAUCGAAACUUACGCAAACAUCUUCAACUACUCGAGAUCUAGUUGGGAGCCUCUAAUAGAGUCAGUACCUUUGUCUUUCCAUCUUUCGAAAGGUGUCGAAGGCGAUGUGGCUCUUUAUUUCGAUAUUGUAUCCCGAGAACUGGCCGAAGUAACACUAUCUUCUCGCACCAUUGCGCUUUUGUCGCAAAUUCCAAAUUCUCUAUAUGAGAAAGACGACACAGAGGCAAGGGGAGCCACAAAACCUUACAAAAUCUUCAAUGAUACCGGUAUGAAACUAGCAAUCUGGAUUCCAACAAAAGAAUCCACAGAUCAACAGAAUAGGACAGUUCUUGAAAAUGGUAGUUCCAUACCCUGGGAAUUUGAGGACUGGAGAAAGGUUAGGGAAAAUCUGGACACAGACGAUUCAAUGAAUAUUUUGGGCGUUGAUAUUGUAGACCAGGAAUUCCAGACGACAUUGAAAAUAGAUGCGACUUCUGAGGGCGAGGACGUCUACACGCUGCAUCCCGCUGUGAACGGUGUACAUGCGAGAUUAGCAUGUGAACUGAAACUAUGUGAAGACAACAUUAAGCAAGUCACUAUCAAGUCUACUCUUGUGGUUCAAAAUGCCACAGAUGGCGAUCUUUUUUUCAGAUUAUCAGGUACUGAGAGCAAUGUUCAAAAAGUGCCACCCGGGCAGUCUCGCUCAGUGCCUGCUCAAGACGCUUACAAUGCCCGUGUUUAUCUCAAGCCUGCUGGUGAAUAUAACUGGUCAAGCAGAAGCAUCUACUGGAAAGAUCUCCUGUCAUCUCCAAGUUCGAUAUCAUGCGACUCCAAUCAAACCAAUGUUCCCUUUUAUUACGAAGUCGAUGCAAAGUUUGAUUCCAAUGAACCACUGGCCAGAAUCUAUCCACAUUUGAAUAUUGUGGUCUCAUCACCACUAGUUCUUGAGAAUUUGCUACCAUAUCCAAUUCACUAUAAACUGUUUUGGAAAGCGGAGAGCGCGAAUAAGCCUAGAUCGAAGAAUGAAUCAGGAAUGUGCUACCUUGGCAUUGGCGAUCGCGUUUUGGUACACAGCGUGACGUUAAGCGACUAUAUUCUGAUGUCGUUGAGACCUGACAACGAAGGCGUAGGUAUGUCCGAACAAGCUUUGAUUAACACCAAGCCCGAUUCAGAACUGGAGCCGGAGAAGCUGGUUAGUUUGCGAUACGAAAAUGGACAAAAUUUGAACUUAAAACUUCAUUACCAAAGAAUAGAAGGGUCGCGUGCUAAAGUUAUCAGCAUUUAUUCACCUUACAUCAUUUACAAUGGAACAGAUCGCGAUCUUCAGAUAGAAGGGGAUGGACGUAACACUGCUUUUUCCAAAGUGUUACUGAAAGCUGAGGAUUCAACUCGCUACACAAAGCCUACCAUGUUCUCUUUUGAAAGUGACCGCUCGAAUAAAAAUCGAGCCAGAAUCAAGUUCAAGGACUCUCACUGGAGUGUUCAGACUUCAUUUGAUGCCAUUGGUCGGUCUGUGGAUUUGGCUAUGGAAAUUCCCAAUCGAAAUCAAGAGAGCAACAUUGGAGUCACCGUUUCAGAGGGCAGUGGUAAAUUUGCUCUCAGUAAAAUCGUUAAACUACUUCCCCGCUACAUUCUCCGAAACAGCCUUGAUUUUGACUUAGAAGUCAGCGAAUAUGGAUCGAAUUUUGUGAUGAAAGCCCAAUCUAACGUAUCUCUUCCACUGUACAAAAUGAGAAACAUUGUUGACAAACAUAUGUGCAUAAAGUUUCUCGGAUCUCAAUCACAAUGGUCCUCACCCUUCAUGAUCAAAGAUAUCGGGUCGAGUUACGUUAAGGUUCUAAAAAAUGGAUCGGGUCACCAUUUGCUAAAGCUUGAUAUUGUUCUAGAAGACUCGACCAUCUUUAUUGAUAUUGCUGACGCUAAAGGCCAAUGGCCUUUUUCAGUUAGGAACUUUAGCGACCAUGAGUUUAUAUUCUAUCAGCGUGAUCCACAUACGUUCGAUAAUGAGGAAGACUAUGACCUGUACGAUGAUCUGGGUGACCUACAGUAUGAACCUCUAUAUUAUAGGGUUCCGCCGCGUAGCGCAAUGCCCUAUGCUUGGGAUUACCCCGCUGCUCGACAGAAAAAGCUCAUUUUGACCUCUCGACAACGCAAACGUGAAGUACAACUUGCAGAAAUAGGCAACUUACGACCUAUGAGGUUAUCUGCUCGAAGCUCUGCCGAGUCUACUGACAUCGUAGAUUUGAAUGUUGUAGCUGACGGUCCCACUCAGGCAUUGGUCAUUACCAAUUAUAAUCCGGAGAAGAGUCUGUAUAAGCUCAAAUCGGGCCAAAACACCACAACCUCAUUAUCUUCUGACAAAGGUGACCGCUUCGAAGCAAAAGAGGAAGAUAAAAACGUGUUUACAAAAAUCGUUGUAUCGUUGGAUGGUCUUGGCAUAUCAUUGAUCAAUGCGCGCUUGCAGGAACUGUGUUAUAUCACGCUAAGUGGUUUAGAAUUGAGGUUCAACGAGUCAGACCUCUAUCAGACCUUAAGUGUUAAACUUAAAUGGAUGCAAAUCGACAACCAGCUGUUUGGUGGAAUUUUCCCUAACAUACUUUACCCCACGGCAAUUCAGAAAAAUCAGAAGGAGCUUAACAACCACCCAGUUUUAUCUGGCUCGGUCUCGAAGGUCAAAGAUGAUACACACGGUGUUCUUUAUUUGAAGCACGCUACCCUUUUGUUACAAGAGCUCACUAUUCAAUUGGACGAGGAUUUCCUUUUCGCUCUUAUUGAUUUUGCAAAAUUUCCAGGCGCCUCUUGGAUCAUUGAUGUCAAAGAUGAGUUGGAUACAGAUUAUUCCAUGCUACCAUAUCCUAGUGAGUUACAAAGAAACAACGACAUCUACUUUGAAGUCUUUCAUUUGCAACCUACUAUGCUUCAUUUAUCAUUCGUUCGCACUGAGCAUCUCAAUGCUGACACGGAAAAGGUUCCGCCUCAAAAUACCCUAAUGUUUUUCGCGAAUGUGUUGACAAUGGCCUUGGGAAACGUGAACGACGCGCCCAUAAAGCUUAACUCGCUCUUCAUGGAUAAUGUGAAAGUUCCUUUGCCAAUGCUAUUCAGUGCCAUUCAAACCCAUUACAGCCAGCAGUUCUUUUAUCAAAUUCACAAAGUUUUGGGAUCCGCGGACUUCUUAGGAAAUCCCGUGGGUCUUUUCAACAACAUUAGCUCGGGCGUAUGGGAUAUAUUUUAUGAGCCCUAUCAAGGUUACAUGCUAAACGAUAGACCUCAAGAACUUGGCAUCAGUAUCGCCAAGGGUGGUCUAAGCUUUGUGAAGAAGUCCGUAUUUGGAUUAUCUGACAGUUUCGCACGGUUUACAGGUUCGGUGGCUAAAGGAUUAUCAGUCGCCACUCAGGAUAGCGAAUUUCAGGAGCGUCGCAGACUCGAGCAAAGAAAAGCCAAGAAUAGUAGAAGUCUAAAUGGAAUCGGUUCUGGUGCUACCUCUUUUGUCAACGGGGUGAGCAGCGGUCUACGAGGAAUUGCGUUCGAUCCAUAUAAAGGUGCUUCGAAAGAAGGAAUGCCGGGCUUUUUAAAGGGUCUUGGAAAAGGAUUCAUUGGUCUUCCAACCAAGACUGCAAUUGGGGUACUGGACUUGGCUAGUAAUGUGAGUGAGGGGAUUCGUAAUACCACCACUGUCAUGGACGCCUCGUUGACCAACCGUGUCCGCUUGCCAAGGUAUGUGGGUUUUGACAAAACCAUAAAGCCAUUUAACUUACGCGAGUCGCAAGGACAGUUUUGGCUCAAGAGCGCCAACGGUGGUGAAUGUAUUACGGACAAAUAUCUUGCGCACGUCGUUCUGCCAGGGAAACACCUCGCGGUCAUCGUUUCGCUUUCUCAUGUGAUUGAGGUUCGGUUGUCGAACUUGGAAAUAAUGUGGAAAGUCCGUUAUAAGGAUGUUAGGGCCAUGACCCUGGAAAGGGCUGGUUUGGUGAUCACCCUGAAAAACGCGUCCACUGAGCUAUUUGUUCCUAUCUCAGAUCCCGAGGAAAAGAGGUUCUUGUACAAGCACAUCUCGAUCGCGGUCAAUGAGUAUAAUAAGUACUGUCAGGCCGAACUUUGA